GCCAUACAUUUUGCUUUGCUGGGAAUGGCGGGAACUGUAAUCCCUGAGAUUAAGGUGAAACCUUUCCUGGUCCAUGGAGAGAAGUUCAUUAAAUGGGAUGAUGAAACUGGAGCUGGAUCACCAGUGGUUAUGCGCAUGGAUUCGCAAGGACACUUUCUAUACUGGACCUAUCAGAAUAAGCAAAUCCACUGUCUGGCAUUAACUGAUAUCCGUGACACAAGAGUCGGCACGUUUGCCAGAGUCCCCAAGAAUCCUAAAAUCCGGGAGAUUUUCGAUGUGGACAAUCCUGAUUCGAACUUCUACUCCAAGUGCCUGACCGUGGUGUCCGGCCCGGAUUUUCCCAACCUGGCUUUCGACAAUUUUGUUGCUUUCAAGACGAACGUGGUGAAGGACUGGGCAGCUGAGAUCCUGAACAUUGCCAUCCGUCCUCUGACCCACAACGCCUCAAGAUUAUUCACAAUCAACAAAAUGUACACAAAGAUAAAAAUAUUUGUGAACGAAGAGAAAAGAAUUCCAGUUAAAAAUAUUUACCAGAUGUUCCCAGCUGACAGGAAGCGAGUAGAGGCUGCACUGACUGCCUGUAAUCUUCCGAGUCAGAAGACUGACAUGAUCAAUCCUGAAGAUUUCACGGAAUUGGUCUUCAAGCAGUUUAUAACACAGUUGUGUCCGCGGCCUGAGAUUGACCAGAUCUUCGAAUUGAUGGAUGUGACGGUGAAGCCAUACUUGACUCGGCAACAGCUGUCGACAUUUAUAAAUGAGACACAGAGAGACGCCCGUCUAAAUAAUUUUCUUUUCCCAUUAAUUCAACCUGAUCAAACCCAGAAGCUGAUAGAGAAGUAUGAGCCGAACAGAAUGAAUGCAAAUAAGGGUCACUUGUCACUGGAAGGUCUAGGCUGGUACCUGUCUGGCCCAGAAAACAGCCUAAUAUUCUCCGAAAGACUGACCGUUUAUCAGGAUAUGACGCAGCCUCUGUCACAUUACUUCAUCAAUUCCUCCCACAACACCUACCUCACUGCUGGGCAGUUCUCUGGGAUUUCAUCCCCAGAGAUGUAUCGCCAGGUUCUCCUUGCUGGAUGUCGCUGUUUGGAGCUCGACUGUUGGAAAGGCAAGCCUCCAGAGGAGGAGCCCAUCAUCACACACGGUUACACCAUGACAACAGAAAUUCUAUUCAAGGAUGUGAUCGAGGCUAUAGCAGAGAGUGCUUUCAAAACCUCCCAGUACCCGGUCAUCCUAUCGUUUGAGAAUCACGUUGACUCCCCGAAGCAGCAAGCUAAGAUGGCAGACUACUGCCGAACCAUAUUUGGUGAUAUGUUACUAACAGAGACCAUGGAAAAAUAUCCACUGAAGCCUGGAACUCCUAUUCCCAGCCCUCAGGAACUGAUGGGCAAAAUCCUCAUCAAGAACAAGAAGAAUCAGGCUUCUAGUAAUAGAAGCCAAGAGAUGAAGAGAAGGAAGAGUAUGGAGCCAAUGCCCGAUCAGGCAGCAUCUGGUGAAACAAUGCAGACAGGUGAAACUGAAGAAGAGCAGUGUGAAAAUGAGGAGGAGCAGGAGAACAUUGAUCAGGAGGAUGAGGAAGAACAGAAGAAAAAUGAAUCUGAUGAGGGGACUGCUGGUCAGGAAGCGAGAGCAUAUGAGGAGAUGUCCAGUCUCGUGAACUACAUUCAGCCCGUGAAGUUUGUCUCCUUUGAACUCUCCAAGGAAAGAAAUCUAUCCUACAUCAUCUCAUCUUUCACAGAGACCAAAGCUCUGGAUCUGCUCAUCAAAUCCUCCGUAGAUUUUGUUGAAUACAAUGAAAGACAAAUGAGUCGGAUUUACCCCAAAGGGACGAGAAUGGAUUCCUCAAACUACCUGCCUCAUGUCUUCUGGAAUGCUGGCUGUCAGAUGGUGGCUCUUAACUUCCAGACAACAGAUGUCCCCAUGCAGUUGAACAAUUCGUGCUUUGAAUUCAACGGGCGGAGUGGCUAUAUUCUGAAGCAUAAACUGCUGUGUUGUCCGGAUAAGAAGUUUGACCCUUUCACUGCCGAUCAGAUAGAUGUUGUUGCGCCAAACUCGUUGUCCAUUUUGAUUAUAUCUGGGCAAUUUCUGUCGGAUCGGAACUCUAGAUUCUAUGUCGAUGUGGAAUUGUUUGGACUCCCCAAUGAUCCUAAACAGAAGUUCAAGACGAAAUUGACCCUUGAGCAAAAUUCCAUCAAUCCUCAGUGGAGGGAUGAGGAACCCUUUGUUUUUGAAAAGAUCCUUGUGCCAGAGCUGGCUUUUGUAAGAAUUGCCACGUAUGAAGAAAGUGGAAAAUUCAUUGGACACAGGAUUCUUCCAGUUACUGCCAUCCAAACAGGAUAUCACCAUAUUGGCCUGCGGAAUGAGGCUAACCAACUGCUCACCAUGCCAACACUGUUUGCUUAUAUUGAAGUGAGGGACUACGUGCCUCAUACCUGGGCAGAUUUAACAAAGGCUUUGACUGACCCAAUAAACUUUGUCCGGAGGAUGAACAUCCAAUCAGAGCAGGAUUCAUCAGCAGCUUGUAGUAAGGAUGUCUCAGAGGAUAAAGCACAAAUGCAGGAGAGUGGCAGUGGAGCAACGGACUCCAAUGAAGCAUGCUCUCCCACCAAUCCUACCUGCACUGGUCUUGAGGAAUCAUCUAAGGAUGCUGUAGAGGCAAUGACUACUGAUGAACUGAAGACUCAGAAGGCAUAUAUCAAAAUGCAGAGGAAGCAUGAGAAAGAAUUGAAGGAGUUAGAGAGGAAGAUUCAGAAGAAGAAAAAUGAAGUGAUCCAGAAAUAUACCAGCAGCUUUGCAGAACAAUACAAGAGAAAGCAAUCAUUUAACAAAUCAUUCAAGAAAAAACGGAAUGUCAGUAAUACUCCUGAGAGUGGUCUCAGUGAUUCUUUGAUGAGCUCUGGGCCAGAGGCUGAGAAAUGGAGUGAGCUGAAGGACAAUAUGGAGGCAGAUUUAAUGCAAGUGUAUGCAGAGCAGUAUGAACUCAUCAGGAACAAGAAAGAGCAGCACAUCAUUGAGCAAGUAGCCAAACUGGUGGAGCUAGCAAAAGAAAAACAAGCAAUUGAAAUGAAGAAUUUAAAGGAAUCAGGUGAAAGUGAGAUGAAGGAAGUAAAGAAGAAGUUGGAGCAGAAGCGACAGGAGAAGAUCGAGACAAUGCUGAAAACUACAGCAGACAAGAUUGUCCGGGAGAGGCGCAAGAAAGAGAUCACUGAGCACCAUAUUCAAGUGUCGGUGAAAGAAUUCAAGCUGACUUUAAUGCAUCAGUCGAAGCUUGAAAGCAAACUCCAGGAAAAGCAUGCAGCUGAUUUUGAAGAAAUUAAGGAAAAGGAAAAAGAGUACCAGUUGGAGGCACAGAACGAGUAUGAAGCAAAAAUGAAGGCCUUACCACAGGUGAUAUCGGAGCUGAUCAAAUCCACCUUAAAUACUAAGUUCACCCAAGAGCUGGAGAGGUUGCAGUGUGAAGGGAAAGAUCUGCCAGAAACAAAGGCAUGUGAAUUAUCAUCAACACUGCCUGAUGAGAUGACAGAGAACCCUGUUCCUGGGGUAACUCAACAGCCUGAGGAUGACCUUCAAGAUAAUAUCACUGUGUUAUAAUAUAAUAAUGAGCUACUAAUGAUAUAUGGUCAGAUAAGAUUUAUGUUUGCAGUGUUAGCACUAGAUUGACUAGCAGGGAGAUCUGCUGACCUGCUGUAUUCAGUGUGUUUUACUGGUGUAAAGAGGCACCUGUUCAUCUUGUAUGGUAAUUUGCAGGAGGUAGCAUACUCUCAGUUUGUUGGGAUACAUAUAUUCAGGUAGAGACUGAUACAGCUUAAGACAGGGUUUGAAAAAGUGUGACCUAAGUUCAUCCAUUUCAUAACAUUCCUCUUCCACAUUUACAUAUCUCUUCAGUAUGCUCUUGUCUGCAUUUGGUCAAAAGCUUCAUGUCCUAGCAAACUAAGUGCUCCUUUUGCCCUUUAAUGCUGAAGAUCUUACUGCAAGGUCACACAAAUUAUUAAGGACAUAGCUUUAUUGCAUUAUUGACAUUACAAUAAAUAUUUUAAAAUUGAAUUAAUUAGAAUAUUCUGUCGAGAAGAAUGAUGGACUGAAUGGGAAAAGGCAGAUAAAUGGAAUUAUAGGAGGGUGCUCUUUUGGAGAGAAGGCAUGGAGCAAUGGGAAAAAUGGUUCCUUUUGUGGUCUAAAAUUCUGAUAUUCAAUGAAACCAACUGAGUAGUUUUUCCAGACAAUAUAGGUAAAAGAUCAUUGACUGGUCAUCACAGGCAGUGCCCACUGAGGAUAUACAAGGAUAGGACUAUGAUGUUCACUCCUGCAGGCAGAAAACUCUAUUAAACAGACGUGUUAUACUAGGAAGGCUGGACUACACAUAGAAGCUAGGUUGCGGAUAUCAUGGCACCAUUGACUAUAAACAUGGAAUAGGCACCUCUUUGCAAAUUAGUUUGACGAAGCUCUGUAAAAACACUUGGUUAUAAAACAUAUGCAUGAUUUUCUUUAGAA